UCAAACACAAUGGCUAUCUCCACCGACCCUUCCGCGGCUGAGCUCGGAAACAAAGCCGUCAGAUCCUCCUCCGGUGGAUGGAAGUCGGCGAGGCUCAUCAUCUUUGUGGAAAUGGCCGAGCGUUUUGCCUAUUUCGGGGUAUCAUCAAACCUGAUAACGUACUUGACAGGACCAUUGGGUCAGCCAACAGCUGCAGCUGCAGCGAAUGUGAACGUUUGGAUUGGCACAAUGGCGUUUCUUCCACUUCUCUGGGCGUUUGUAGCUGACGGGUGUCUUGGUCGUUUCCGUACUAUCAUCAUCUCAUCUUCUCUCUACAUCUUGGGACUCGGGUCGCUGUCGUUUUCAGCCAUGAUUCCUUCUCACUCCGAAGAUUCGGACCAGCUCAAAGUGACUCUGUUCUUCUGUUCUCUGUUUCUUAUCGCAAUAGGACAAAGCGGUUACAAACCGUGUGCUAAGGUUUUUGGAGCUGAUCAAUUCGAUGGAAAUGAUCUAAAAGAGAGACAAGCCAAGAGUUCUUACUUUAACUGGUUGAUGUUUGGAAGCUGUGUUAGCAUAACAACCACUCGCUUGGUCUCUACCUACAUUCAAGAGAACCUAAGCUGGUCCUUAGGGUUUGGUAUUCAAUGUGUUUCCAUGUUGCUUGCUCUGCUUCUCUUCCUCCUUGGAACUACCUCUUACCGCUUUACUGUUGAAAGAGAAGGAAAGAAAAACCCUUUUGCUAGAAUUGCCAGAGAAAUUAAGAAUAGAAGACAACAGAAUCCAGAUAUAGCUAAUCCAAACGAGACCCUCCUUCUCCUGGCAAAACAGAGUUCUGAGAAAUUCAGAUUCCUCGACAGAGCAGCCAUUUCAUGUGAAUUGGCUGAAAUUGAAGAAGCAAAAUCAGUGCUUAGGCUUGUUCCCAUAUGGAUUACUUGCCUAGUCUACGCCAUUGUGAAUGCACAGUCUCCUACUUUUUUCACAAAGCAAGGAGCCAAAAUGGACAGGUCAAUCUCACCAGGACUCUUAGUCCCUGCAGCUGCACGCCAGUGUUUCAUAAACAUAUCAGUUAUAGUCUUCAUCCCAGUCUACGACUAUCUAUUCGUCCCAAUCACAAGAUCAUUCACGCAUAUCCCAUCAGGAAUCACAAUGCUUCAAAGGAUUGGCACAGGGAUUCUCCUCUCCGUUAUUGCUAUGGUAGUAGCCGCCUUGGUCGAGACCAAAAGGCUACAAACCGCAAGGGAUGACCUCACCAUACCAAUGAGUGUCUGGUGGUUGGUUCCCCAGUACGUUCUCUAUGGAGUCGCGGACGGGUUCACAAUGGCGGGUUUACAAGAGUUCUUCUAUGAUCAAGUCCCUAGUGAGCUUAGGAGCGUUGGUAUGGCUAUGAAUCUAAGCAUAUACGGGGCUGGAAACUUCCUAAGUAGCUUCAUGAUAUCUUUCAUCGAUAGAGCCACGAGCCAGUCUGGUCAAACGAGCUGGUUCGAUAAUGACCUGAACAAAGCUCAUCUAGAUUAUUUCUACUGGCUACUGGCUUCUCUCAGCUUCAUUGGUUUAGCUUUCUACAUGUGGUUCGCCAAGUCGUAUGUCUACAACAGAUCAAACUCCUAGUCAGCUGAGUUGAACUUUUUACAUUUCCGAAAUGGACUUCAGAAUCUACGAAAUAGAGAUUUUACAUUCAUCUGCAGUUUUGGAUUGGAAAAAUAUUACGAACAGUAAUUAAGACAAAUUUUGAGUUUAUUUCACAUUAUAACAAGUUAACAACUAUUCUUAGGAAAUCGAUUAAUCAUUUCAAUUUUUUUUAAAAAUUUUUAAAUUUAACAAGAAUUUUGGUCAUUUACAAAUUAGGUGUUGGAAAAAUAUAAAACUGCAAAAAUCUUAGCAAUUUGCUCAAUACCAGAGCAUGACAAAUUUAAAUAUGAUGCACUUCAAACUGGCAAAUGAGACAAAGCAUUAUAUUAAUAUUUUAUUAUUAUUAAAUAUAUGGUAAUACUGUAUAUUAGUCUGUUUUGCCUUAUAAAAGCAUAUCAAAAUGAAAAACUUUAGCUACAAAAUGACUGUAUAACAUGUUCACAAGAUCAGCUCAAAACACGUAUUACUAACUUCCUAUAUUUAGAUAUCUAUAUAUACUGUAUGUACAUGUAUAUCACAUGUGACAUGUAUGUGUCAUGAUAGUAUUUCAUAAAUCUUUUGAAAUCAUAAUGUCUAACAAAUAUAUUCACUACAAGAAAAAAGGCUUUUAUUAGCGGACGAAAAACACAAUCUAAGGAUACUAUAGCGGUUUAUAAAGCGAUGUAUCAUCGCCCGUCAUAGUAGACUAAACACGAUAGGUUGGAAUUGAAGACGGUAGUGCUUGAGCUUCGUUGCCGUUUUCAUCUCUGAGAAAGCUCUCCCCACCUGUCCCAACAGUCUCGUUACUUUGUUUAAUCUGGAUAAUUGGAAAAAAGGGAAACACAAGAGACGAGAGAGAGGUUUGAGAUUAAAUUUUGAUAAAGAGUAAAAGAAAUGUAUCUUGAAUGACAAACGCAGCAGCAGAGUUUGGAAUUGAAGGCGCCAGAGGCAGUGUUGAAGGCACCAGAGGCGGAGUUGAAGGCACCAGAGGCCGAGUCGAAGGCGGAUUGCUAAAUCAAACUCAAUAUCCAAACUUCAAGAAAAAAUAGUUGAGAAGAAGAGAA